AUGACCACAGGUAAAGAUACUACAAUCCCAGAAGGAAUUUAUUCUCCAGUACCUACAUUCUUUAAAAAUGAUGCAAAUUAUUCUUUAGACAUUGAGACGCAAAUAAAACAUGCAAAGAUGUUAAAUUCUAGCGGUAUAAAUGGAUUGGUCGUUGCAGGAUCAAUGGGAGAAGCUAGUCAUUUAACUAGGGAUGAAAGAAAUGUUCUUUUUAAAAGUAUUAGAGAAGCCAUUCCAGAUACCAACUUCAAAAUUAUCGCGGGGGUUCCACCUUUGAAUAUCCAAGAUACAAUUGCUGAUAUUGAAUCUGCUUCAGAGGCACAUGCAGAUUAUUCUAUAGUUCUAGUACCUGGAUAUUUUGGCCCUGCAUUGACAAGUCAACAAGGCAUUAUUGAUUAUUUUGUCACUAUUGCAGAAAAACUGCCAUUACCGAUAAUAAUUUAUAAUUAUCCAGGGGUAAGUAAUAAUGUGGACAUUAAAAUAGAAACUUUUGAGAAGUUGCUGCUCCAUCCUAAAAUAGUAGGUGUAAAAUUGACGCACUUCAAUUUGGAUAAGUAUACAUUAUUGACUGGAAAUACAGCAUUGAAUAAAAUCAACAAUUUUCGGUCUUUCACUGGUUUAGGACAAGUUCUUGUUCCUUCAUUAAGUAUUGGAGCAUUUGGUGCUAUUGACGGGUUAUCAGGCAUAUUUCCAAAAUGUAUGUUAAAAAUUUUCAGUUUAUAUAAAGACAAAGAAUAUGAAAAGGCUGCUGAAUUACAGUAUUUAGUUACAAAAGUUGAUCAAAUGAUUAUGGAACUCAACCUAGUAGGUGUUAAGUAUGCAUUAAAUGUUGCCUACGGUUUUGGUGAGGUACUCACUGGAAGACCUCCAUUAAAUAUAGAGGCGGAUAUGAAUAUCUGGAAGAAACAUGAAAAUGCUUUUAACUCUUUACUCAGGAUGGAAAGAACUUUAUGA